UGUUAGAGACAAUACAUUCAAAUUGCUGAAUGGAGGUACUGAAUGAUGUUAAGUUAAACGACACUUGAAUACAUCACUACAUUUACCAUGAUUAAUAUCUUUGGCUGCAGAAGUAUUUGUGACGGAUUAGAGUGUGUUCUGUGAGACAAAUUUAAACGCAGAAAAAGUAAAGAUUCAUCUUACAGUUCCGAAUUUUAUGAAGCAGAUAUAAAACACACAGGAAAUGGCCGAUGCGACGUCACUGAGUGAUCAGGAGAAGCGUGUCAAGAAGAUAAAGAGAGAUCUUGAAGGAUGGCGAGAAGUUCUGAUACCCCUUAAUUCUGUUCUCCUGUGGGAGAAGAACUGGUAUCCUGGCAUGUUAUUUGGCGUUACAACAACACUAUUUUUCCUUUUCUGGUACCUUGACCCAUCUGUGUUAACUACAAUAUCAGUUGUGGGUCUGUUAACAACUCUAGUCGAUUACCUGGUGCCCACAUUGACAGCUAGUAUUUGUCAUCCUGACAGUUGGACUGGAGUCAAGGAACGACAGUUGGAAGAUAUUUGUCGUAGCUUGGCAUCCUUGCAAGGCCAAAUCACACAUUGGAUAUGCAUUUUAUCAGAAACGCGUCAAUCUAGACCCAGGCUGUAUUACACGUCUGUUGUCGUUGUCCUGACAUUUCUCGCUUGGCUGGGGAACGUGAUGAAUAAUUUGCUUCUGACUUAUAUACUGGUGACAACUAUUGUUAUGAUUCCUGGAUUGAGAUGCCACCCUUUAUUCCGGAAAUAUUUUAAACACAUUUCUACACUUGUACCAUCUUCUGACACAAAAGUGAAACAGAAAAAGAACUGAAGUUCAUGAAGAAGACAUUGAUUUUGUGUAUGUGGUUUAUGCUUAUAUAAAUUACCCAGUAUGAGUACUGGGAAUUAUCUAAUGUGAUGUUUGUUUUUAGAUUUUGUCAUUAAAAAUGAGUGCUUGCAACAGUGUGAAUAAAAUGAUCCCUGUCUCUCUAUUGGCAGGUGAUGUUUCAGUGUGCUUGCUCCAAGCAUAAUGGAAACAGUUUUGGUAAUAAAUGUUUGAGACUUGAUAUUGCCUGCUUUUAAGAUAGGUUUUUAGUAAUAUUUAUUAUGUAUUUAUCUUGUUAAGUUGUUGACUAUUUAUGUGGAAGUUUUAGAAAUAAGAGCAGUUGGUUUUCAGUUGCAUCAGGUAGUUGAUCAGAUAAGUUCUGUAAAAAUUGGAAAACAAAUGUCAGCAAUGUUACUGGUAACCUUUCCUCACGAUCAUGUACUACCUUUAUCUCUAAGUUACAAAGCAAGAAGUCAAUAGACCAACUCCUCCUGGAAUACCCGUUUGUUUUCCAAUCUCAUCACAACAUAAUCUGUUGCAUGAAAGAGGGUUAUUUGUAUUCCCUGCAGUAUCAUCUCCAGUAACUGAAUAUUUCUCGUUGUUAUACGGAACUGUUUAGAGUUGAAUUUACAGUAAAUCCAUAAGUUAAGUAGAGUGCCAAUAGAUUAGUAUGUUUAUAUGUAUUUUGCACAUAAAUCUCAUAAUGCAACCUAGUCAUAGUGUAAAUUUGUAAUGCUGCGUGGCAAUCCUUUUAAACAUAAUUAUUUUUGUACAACAUGCAUUACUUCAGUUUUGUAUCACCUUGUUUGACUGCGCACAAACACUUCAGUGAUUUCUUUUUAUAUGUGUAAAAGACUGAGUGUUCCCUGUAAACAUUUUUUUGUGUGUGUAAUAUUUACUGAAUAGAAAUUUUUUUCCAUUGACUUGACUUGAUAUUUGCCAUCUUCGUCAGGUGAUGCAUCACUGAAUGUGUCAUACUGUUUAAAACUAUUUCCAUUUCUGUGUCAAAUCAAGACAGAUUUAAAGUGGUCAUAGAAACUAAGAAGUUGAAAACUUUGAAUAUUUCCGUUGCCUUUGUACUCAGUUCCAUAUUGUCAUCAUAGUUUUGUAUUAUCUUGGAAACUCCAUGAUGGGCAUAAUAGGGUUAUAUGUAUUGAAAAAUUUUUGACAACAAAAUUACAUGUAAACAGUACAUGUAUACAACACACAAGAUGUGAGCUGUUUAUCACUUCCAUUUUUGUUGAUGUCCUGAUUUUUUACUUUAUUUCCCUGCAGUAGCUGCCGGCCAAAGUGGCCGUGCGGUUAAAGGCGCUGCAGUCUGGAACCGCAAGACCGCUACGGUCGCAGGUUCGAAUCCUGCCUCUGGCAUGGAUGUUUGUAAUGUCCUUAGGUUAGUUAGGUUUAACUAGUUCUAAGUUCUAGGGGACUGAUGACCACAGCAGUUAAGUCCCAUAGUGCUCAGAGCCAUUUGAACCCUGCAGUAACUCUUUUAAUAUUAAUUUUCACUUAGAUUUUUGCCUUUCCUGAUGCUGUAUUUCAAGUGACUGUGCCUUGUGGGAUGUCCUGAAAUUUAAUACCUUACCCUGGACUUGAAAUGCCUUAUGGUUCCUUGUUUUUCUUGAUGUGACACUGUGUGACAUGUAUAUUUUGCUGAUAAACAUAGUUUUCCAUAUGUAACUUGGUAUUAUGAACUAGUCUUUCAUCAAAAUAAGAUGUGAACACCAUUCUUAGAAGUAGAGACAGGAAAAGUGAAAAGGAAGCAAGUGACUACAUAGAAUUUGGUGGACAGAAUUUCUUUCUGUACUAGAUUAUACUAUUUUCCUGUGACAAAAAGGAAAAAACAUGUUGCAGGAGACUGUUUUCACAAAGCAGCUUGCUCUUGCUGAUUUUAAGCCCAUUAACAGGCAGUUAAGAGUUAACCUCAUUUAAAAGAAUGAAAAUAGAUAAAAUAAUUAAUUCCCUUGUGGAUUUUUGCCAUAAAUGAUGAACAUUUGUACCAUUGCAAAAUAGAUUUAACUGUCACUUUUGUGGUGUCCAUUAUUUGCUGUUUUUCUGUCUGAGAUAAGUGUCAUGCUGCUGGGUUCUGAACUUAAUGUAUGCAGUUAGAUUUCAUUUUUUGCUGUAGGGGUAUUACUGUUGUUUAAAACUGAGAUCCUAAAAAAGGAAUAAUUGAGAGCAUACUAUGAGAUUUGCCAAAAUUUGGGAAUAGCUGUUCCCUCCGAUUACCCCUAAAUAAUUUGUGACAUUUGAUUUUUUGGAAACAAAAUGAGCUAAAGAAAAGCUGUGGCAUAUAAGUGGAUACUGAUUUGAAACGUAAUGGUUUAUCAGUUAUGCACAAUGUACGUUGAAAUCUUGUGAGGACAGUAUUGUAUCCUCUUCAAAAUAAUGCUUUCCAUCCAGUGAAUGAUUCAGUACUUUGUUCUUGAUGAAUGACACAUAUGUACAUAGACAAGGCUGCUAGUUUUAUUAUUUUAUUUAGCCAGAGUGGCACCAGUCUACAAGCUCAUUGUCAGCAGUUGUGAAUUUACUGUUUUGCCCUCAUAGGUUUUUUAAGUUUUAAUUGGUUUUCAGUGUGUCCUCUUCCUGUUACCAAUGGGGCUGGUCUGGUGAAAAUGAAAUAAAUAAUAAAACAGGCAACCUUUUAUAUGUAUAUACAAAUAAAGGCAUUCCUCAGCUUCAUAUAGACUGCAGGACACCUUGAUUACAAAAUGUUUGUAGUACAUGGUUCAUUGCACAAAUUAAUGAACACAUUUAUAAGUUACAGUUGUUCAGCGGUUGAAGAGUAGUGUGUACGCUUUGACUACAGAAAGCUGAAAUUAUAGAAUCACUUCACUGUAAUCAAUAAUUUGUGUAACUGAUUAAUUUAGAUCAUAUGUGACAUAUGGAUGACACUUUUUUUCCCCUCUGGUCAACUGAGAGGAAUAUGUACAAAGUUUUGUACACAGUGUUAAACUGCACUAUGAAACAUUUCUUUUUUGUGUUAUCAGCAAUACAUUGUAAAACCUUUGUACAGUACACAUCUUCCUAUAGUUGUAAUACCUAUCUCCAUCAAUUCAACGACAGGGUUUUUAACUAUAUAUGCAUAACAUUAGUGGGAUGGAAAAUGAUAUCACUUGGUUUAUACUAUUUUCAUUGCUGCUUGACCUAUGAAGGCAUUUAAAACCACUUUUCCCACUAGUUAUAAUUCUACAGUCAUAUUUGAUAACCAGUCUGUUUCAGACAGUCAGGCUUUAAGGCUUCAUCAGUUUCUGUGUUGUAUUUGCAAAUAGCUCUGUGACUGGAACGUGGUUACUCCCUGCACCAAUGUAAAUGAUUAACAAAGCAGCAUUGCAGAUGCACAAAAUAUUUUCAUGACCAUAGCAUGAACUGCUUUUUAAAAAUAUUUUUUCAAAUAUCCUCGAUAUCUUGCCGAACACCUGAGCUUCCACUCAUGUCUGAAUAGUAUCAUCAUGCUGGCACAAGUGUUACAGUCCUAUGUAUUCUACAUCAGAAACACUGUGAGCAAUAUUGACUCUUGAUUGUGCAGGGCAGUGUGGAAAAUGUAGCUAUAUGUUUAUGGCCGCAACCAGUCAGAUCAGCACACACUCCACUAUAGAGUGUAAGAUUCAUUCUGGAAAUAACCCCUAGGCUGUUGCUAAGCCAUUUCCCAUCAGCAUGCUUUCUUUUAGGAUCAUUAAUCCAACAAGGUAUGCAGGAGAGCUUUUGUGAAGUUUAGAAAAUAAGAAAAAGAUACCUGAUCGUUGAAUCUGUGAAGGCAGAUCAGGAGUAUUGCCUCGGCAUCUCACUCAGUAAAAGGCAUGGGUGCAGGCUCGAGUCCCAGUCUGACACAGUUUUUUAUUCUGUCAGAAAGUUUCACCACAGGUAUAGACACUGCUAAACUAAGGUAUUAGUGAUUGUACAGGCCCACUAUUCAUAAAGUUCCUUUGUAGAUUUGAUAGCUUUCUAACAUAAAUUUUGUACUAUUUGUCAUAUCUGCUGCAUCAGCUGUAGUUAAAUACUUUCCAUGUUCUUUUAAUGCUGAGUCUGCUUUAAUUAUGUGAAAUAAAAUUUUAUACGUAUUUGCAGUGUUAGUUGAUUUGUACAAUUAAAUUUUGGUUCAGUUUCUGUUACUUUCAGCCCGCAACAUCUGUAAAUCCUUUAAUGCUAUGUAAUAAAGAUCAUGAUGGUGUGUA